AUGUCUAUGAUAACGGCCGCUCAAUGGGUUCCUCGAGGCUUUGCGGCUCCGUUUCCCAAAAAGUAUACCUUGGACGAAAGUGAGUUCGAGCGCAUAGCUGAACUCGCCAAGCUCCAACUGGACGAUGCCGAGGAGGACUUGAAGGAUGCGCAAGGAGAAGAAGAGGGCUCCGAGGGAGACAAUAACAAGGCAGAUAACGAUGAGAGUAUGGAUGUGGAGGGCGCAAAGUCAACGACCGAAGCCAAAUAUGACGACGACGACGACGACCUGAAAGAGUAUGAUUUAGAGCACUACGAUGACGAUGACGACGGAGCCGAAGCACAUGCAGACGGAACGGGGAUGGGUAUGUUUGGGAACCUCAAAGCACUGGCGUACCACGACUCCAACAAGGACGAUCCAUACAUUACUCUGGAAGACGAGGAUGACGACGACGAAGAGAAAGAAGACCUCCAGAUUCUCGCCACUGAUAACCUAAUCCUCUCUGCCAAGGUGGAGGACGAGCUCGCCCACCUUGAAGUCUACGUAUUCGAAGACGAGGGCGACAACCUCUAUGUGCAUCACGACAUUAUGUUGCCCGCCAUUCCUCUUGCGCUUGAGUGGCUCGACAUGCCCGUCAGCAAUUCCGGCGGCGACAAAAAUGGCAAGGGAAACUACGUCGCAAUCGGAACUUUGGACCCAGACAUUGAGAUUUGGGAUCUCGACACCAUCGACUGCAUGUACCCGAACGCGAUUCUCGGACAGGGCGCAAACGUAGAGUCGGGCGAAGAGAAGAAGGAGAAGAAGAAGAAGAAGAAGAAGAAAGGAAAGAAGUCGAAAAAGGCCAAGGCCAACGAUGCCUACCACGUAGAUGCAGUACUUUCACUCGCUGCCAACAGGCAACAUCGCAAUCUGCUGGCGUCGGCGUCGGCCGACAAGACGGUCAAACUAUGGGAUCUCAACACGACGCAAUGCGCAAAGUCGUACUCUUAUCACACGGACAAGGUGUGCUCCCUGGCAUGGCACAAGACCGAGGCCACGGUUCUGCUGAGCGGUAGCUACGACCGCACCGUCUUGGCUGCGGACAUGCGAGCCCCCGACGCCAAAGCACCGCGUUGGGGUGUGGAAAGCGACGUCGAGAACGUACGCUGGGAUCCGCAUGACUCGAAUUACUUCUUCGUCUCCACGGAGAAGGGCUGCAUACACUACCACGACGUCCGAAAUGCGCCCUCAAACCCUACCGCCACCAAAUCAGUCUGGACGCUCCAAGCCCACGACGAGUCUGUGUCGUCAUUUGAUAUCAACACCGUCAUCCCGGGCUUCAUGGCCACCGGGUCAACAGACAGAAGCGUCAAGCUGUGGAACAUUCAAUCUACCGGACCCUCAAUGGUUGUCUCUCGCAACCUGGACGUCGGCAAAGUCUUUGCCACAACAUUCGCACCGGACGCUGAAGUCGGCUUCCGGCUCGCCGUGGCGGGUAGCAACGGUAACAUGCAGGUCUGGGACACCAGCACCAACGCCGCGGUUCGCAAGGUCUUUGCACAGAGGAUACCGGCUCAGAAAGAUGGCGCCACUGAGGACCGUUUGGUUGGUGUCGAGGAGGACGAGAGCAGCUCAUCUGAGGAAGACGGGGAUGGUGAAGGCGAUUCCAUGGACGAGGAUUAA